AUGCUCCCAGGAUUAGAUCAUCUUCGCAAUAUCACUGCUCGCUCCGCAACUAUCCAGUAUGACCACAGCAUCGAAGAUCUGUAUUAUGCCACUACAUUCUUCCUCGAUGAUUGUCAAGAUGGCGAGUGUUCAUGUUUAGAUGGUGAGAUGUGUAGUCUUCGCGUGCCUGGCGAGAACUUCAUGCUUGCUAAUAACGACGACGAUGACGACGACUGCAGUCUCUCAGACAUGUACCCCACGACAGAAGACAUAUCUCAGCUUAUAGAUGAGUUCGUCAAUGCGGACAUGUUUGACGUAUACGAAGUUCAUACAGGCAUUUCGGAAGUGCUACCUCUUGACAGUGGAUACUUUGAUACCACUCCACAAGAUGUGAAAGCCUCCAAGGUAAUUGACCAGCUGUUGUACCCGUCUAGCUCUAACGCUGCAUCGUUUAUGUGCGACAACGAGAGUGAUUCUGAUGUCUCUGAUCCAGACGCAGAAAGUUUGUCACUGAAUCACCACCCAAAACUAAAAUAUGUCGACACUGACACAGAUCAGUCUGUCGCUUAUACAGCCUUGAACCAACUAUUGGCAAUGGAGGAAGAAGAACCACGGCCAGUCAUUCACCGCGAUACCGCCGAUGAGGAUGAAGAGCCGGCGGAGAUCGGCCUUGCUGAAUUGGUCUAUCUUCACCCAACAGCAGAAGAUUAUGCAACCUUGCUGCCACUACGAAAUAGCUUGAACCCAAACAGAUCUAGCCCCGACUUGUAUUCAGGCAUUUCUCGGACGCCAGCACCCGUUCAGCCUGAACUCAGUCUCCAGCCCACCGCGCGCCAACGAUGUAAACCAUAUGGACUUUACUCUAGCAAUAGGUCUCGACACCAGCGUCAGAUGCCGCAAUUAAGAGUUGCCACUCAACUCUUACCUAAUCGUCAGCUAUUGCCCAUAAUCUCGGAGGAAGAAUCACCAUGCUCCGGCUCGUCUUCUUCGGGAGACUCUCUGGACUUUGCCAAUCAUCGAGGAUUCGUGAAGCCGCUAGAAAGUCGUCGUUUAGGUUUCCUAGACGACGAUGACUCUGAAUCACCAGCGAUGCCGAUCUCGAACUCAAAUUGCAUCCCUGAACCUCUGAAAACUACAGACAUAGAAGACUACGAAUAUAUGUUUACCAAUGCCAUCUGGAACACUACGCCAGAGCUUACAUUCGUUCAACCCAGCCAGGAAGCAUACCUUGAAAUUGCGCCUGCAUCGGCCGUACCUCCUUCGCUUCUCGAAGCACUUGAGAUCGAGAUCCACAGUCGCCUCACCUUCAUGUUCAACUGCAUGAACAGUGGGAUCCUUGACGAACUACCAGCCCUCAGCAGUGACCUCCAUUGGACACUUUGCGCUCUUUCGGAUGAUUAUCCCGUCUUAACCUUAUUAGACAGCCUAGGCGUAGCUGUAGAAAUUCUUGUUGAGCGGAUGGUAGCCUCUACUACUGCUUCUUAG